AUGCCAUUCGAAUUUCUAUUGAGCAAUCACAACAUCACACGUGAUGACGUGAUGAGAUUCAGUGCAAAAGAUGCGAUAAGGAACGGGUACUGGAGUCACGAAGAACUACAACUGAUCGUGUUAGGCUCUUUGUUACUUUUUAUAAUCUUCACGUUUGUGAUGGUGGCAACUAUGGAUUGCGUGAAACAACACUGCUGUAAAUGUUUGUGGCGACAACGUGUUGGUGACAAGUGGAAAGGUUUACUGUCCCGUAUUUCCAAGAACAGCAACCAUAUCGACGCGGUUGUGCCAAUCGAUAGGAUUUGUUGA